AUGAAGAGUGAACACUGAGAACUAAGCGCACAUUUUGAUUUUCAAGGCUGACUGCUCAAGAUGUCAGAGGAAAUUCAACAAACUGAAAAUCAGUCGUUACAAGAACUUCUCUAUGAACGUUAUAAAGACUACCUAGAUCUUUCAGAAGCAGAUCGUAAUCGUUAUGCAAAUUUCUCAAAAGAAUUAACCAAUGCACUGCAUGGUGAUGAUCCAUCAUCUUUAAAAAGAACAAUUACCAAUCAUAUUCAUUCUGAUCCUGAAAAGUUGAUUCGAAUGAAAUUACUACCAUUUCCUUUACCACCGAAUGAAGAAUUGAUGGUGCGUCGAGUAAUGGAUAGCUGUCCAUUUAAAGCUUCACUAAGCUGUUUUGGAGGUUUUGUUUUGGGAGGCAUUUUUGGUUUAUUUUCAGCCAGUGUUGAUCCAAUGAGUACAAUACAUGGUGCAGAAACUCCAACUACUAAACAAGUUAUGAAAGAAAUGUACUCUCGUUCUUUAUCUCAUGCUAAAAGUUUUGCAAUGAUUGGAGCACUUUUUGCUGGUACUGAAUGUACACUUGAAAGUUAUCGUGGUAAAAGUGAUUUGUUGAAUAGUACAUUAUCAGGUGCAAUCGUUGGCGGUGGAAUAGGAUUUAGAGCUGGUUUACAAGCAAGCAUUUUAGGCGCUGCAGGUUUCUCAUUAUUCUCCACAGCUAUUGACUAUUAUUUUAGACAUAAAGGCUAACUGUUUUCUGGAUACAUACAUAUUGUACAGAUGUAAUAAAAUAUUUACUUGCAAUAAAUUAUUACUUAGUUACUGUUUCUUCUUCUGAUUAUUUUUUUGGUUUUUUUACAUGUUUCAUUCAACUAACUAGUAUUACUAUUUUUAGAUGAACCGCAGCCGUUCACCAAU